AUGUUCCGCUUUAUUGCCAUCUGUGCCCUGGCCACCAUUACCGCAGCUGCGCCUGGUUUCGUGGAGGAGCAUCAUGUGGUGGCUGCACCAGUUGUCGCCAAGGUGGGCGCUGUGGUUCACAGUGCACCCGUGGCCACCUCCCAUCAGAGCUUCACGCAGUUCCACAACCAGGCGGUCAUCACGCCCGUGGUCAAGCAUGUUGUGCCCGUUGUCAAACAUGUGUCACCCGUAGUUCCUGUGGUCAGUCAUGUAGCUCCAGUGGUGCCCGUUGUCAAGCAUGUGGCUCCCGUUGUGCACCACCAGACCUAUGUGGCUCCCGUGUCCGUUGUCAAGACUCUGCCGCAUGCCGUCUCCCACCAGAGCCACACACAGAUCCACCAGAAGACCAUCGUCAGCCCAGUCCUCAAGACCAUCGCAACUCCAGUGGUGCCCGUGGUGAAACAUGUGGCCGUUGCUCCCGUCGCUCACGUCUACCACCAUUAA